AUGGAGCCGGAGACCUAUGAAAAGACGAAAGUGUGCCAGCUCCUUGUUACAUUCUGGCCGCUCUUGUUGGGCAAUGUCCUGGAGUGGUACGAUUUUGGUGUUUACAGUUUCUUAGCACCCAACAUGAAGGACAUCUUCUUCCAUUCCAGCUCUGUGUCCGCCUGGGCUGGCUAUGCUGUGACCUUUGUACUGAGACCUUUUGGUGGCCUUAUCAAUGGUUGGCUGGCUGACAGGUAUGGCAGGCGGGUCGCAGUAUUGACGUCCAUCAUUGGGAUGUUGACGGCUACUUUUGGACAGGGCUUGUUACCAACUUUCAUUUGCUGCGGUGAUAGCUGGGGCACUGUUGGCUUAGUGCUGCUUUUGAUCCUCCGAGCCUUGCAAGGACUCAGCGUAGGCGGUGAACUUGGACCCAUUGUGUCCUACUUUGCCGAAACUGCACCGCCAAAUCGGAUUCUUGCGGCCACAGGCCUUCUUCACUCGUCCGCAGGGCUCGGCUUCUUAUCUGCCAACCUGUUGGUCGUGUUGGUCGUCCACGUGGUGGGACCAGAGGGGAUGGUCAUGUGGGGCUGGCGAAUUCCUUUCCUGGUGUCUCUGGUGCCAGGAAGUAUUGCCUUAUGGGGUCGGAGCAAACUCGCAGAAUCUACCGACUUUGCCCGUUUGGUGAUGGAACGAUGUGAGGACCACAUGAACAGCCAGUCAAUUGCAAAAGAUUGCGCACGGCAAAGGCCGCUUGUUGCUUAG